AUGUGGACGGAGUGGCUGGUGCGGGACUGCCUGGGAGGCUUGGACCCGGCGAGGCCCUUUCACGUGCUGGACUUGUGUUGUGGGACGGGGUGUGUGGGGGUGGCGAUCGCCAAAAAGGUCCCACCGGCGCGCGUGUGGGGGGUGGAUAUCCUGCCAGAGGCCGUCCAGAUGAGCCAGGAGAACGCGCGGCAGAAUGGAAUCCCCGACACACGCUACACGGCGCUUCAAAGCGAUUUUUUUGCGUGCUUUAUGGCAACCGAAAUCAAGGCGGGGGAGGGGUCUUUGGGGGACACCUCAGUGCCUUGUGAGGGUCCUACAAAGGAUCGGGCCGAUUCUCAACCACGCAAGAUGCAAAUCGCGGAUGCAUACCGCCAUUCUUUUGAUCUUAUCGUUUGUAAUCCGCCCUACGUGCUGCCCGCGCAGUACGACGCCUUGCCAUUGACUAUUAAGCGUUGGGAAUCAAGACUAGCGUUGGUUGGAGAUGCCCGCCGCGAAUCGAAGCAGUAUUUGUAUUUUAAAGAGCUCUGCGAAUAUGGUGUGGAGAUGUUAAAACCAGGACGUUCAAAUGAUACCGCACUGCGUGAAGUUCCCAAUUUAGUAGUGGAGGUUGGGCUCCAAGCCGAGGUUGUGGCAUCGUUGAUGGAGAUGAGCAAGCUGUGGGAGAAUGUGAAGGUCCACCUCGACUACGCACAGCAGCCACGCUGGAUUACCGCAACUUCCACUCAUUAG